GUUAUCUUGAGCAUCACCACGACGGCACGGCACGGCAUUGACGUUUGAGUGAACUGAUUUGAAAGCCAAUUGCUCGUAUUCUUGUUUGUUUUUCUAUUCUCAGCUGGAUUUAUUUGCUUGGGUGGACAAAUCCACUUGGGGCUCAGUGCACCGUCUGACUGAGUAGGUAUCGUCCGCAACACCAAUCUCUAUUCAUCGUACUCAGCAACAUCUCCAUCUUUCCCCAGGGACGACUUGUGUCAUCAUCAACACCGCUACUCAAUCAACCCUGGAAACAAAACGUUAGCUGUACCACCCCAUCACUGUUACCUCAAAAACGCCACCUCGCUAUUCCACAGGUCCAAAAUGGAUCUCAGCCCCAAGCACCGCGCAGAAGCCCUGCUUCUAAAGGCAGCCCGCGCGUACGGCAUCCCCGCCUCCAAGGAAGACGUGCAACACGCCCUAUCAGACGCUUCAUUCGUGGACUGGGCGAAUCUGCAUCUCGCGAGCGAUCACCUCCUCACGGGUGAUGAGCUGGCCCUGUAUACUGCGCUUGAUAAGAGCGGGCAGGUUGACAGAUUAGCGGAUCUGCAUGAUUUGGGAGAGGUGCAGGCGGUGAAUGAGGAUGAUAUUCGUGCGGCGAUUGAAGAGCUGAAUAGGUCGACUGCUACGAUAUCGAAGCAGACUGAGACGUUGAAGCAGCAGCGUGAUGCGUUGGCGAGAUUGGUUAAGAAACGUGAUGAGGCGGAGAGUCAGAGGAGGGAUCUUGAAGAAGCGCGUCUUAAUAAGACGAAACAUGCCUUGAAGAAAUUGGUGUUUGAGGUUGAUGGUGAGGCACAGAGCUUGGAGUAUCGUGUUGCAGAUCUGGAGCAGAUUGCUAAAGACUCGCGAUCGAAUCUUAAGAAGACGGUCGAUACGGUGUUUCAGUCUGAUGAUAAGUUACUGUCGAGUUUGCAGAAGCUUGGGUGGGAACUUGAUCAGCAGGAUCCAGAGGAGGAGAAGACGAUCGAGAAAUUGAGGGAGACUUGUAUGAGGUUGAUCAAGACGACUGUUGAGACUCUGAGGACGAGACUGGAUAGAAUCUAUCUGGAGGCUAUUCUUGCAGCGGAGCGCUCGGGAGAUGUCAAGGCUGCUACUCAAGAAGACGUUAAAGCUCUCGAGGAAGAGCUCGAGUCGCUGUACUCAGAGAUCUUGCCUGUUGCACAAAUGUCUGCUGAACAGCAGCAUUUGGAACCAGCGUUGAAGUCUAUGAAUGCCCAGAGUGGACAGAGCAUACACCGCUCAGCUGUAGCAGUUUCUUACGUCAACGAGUGUCUCGACUAUCUCGUAGAAAGAAUAACACUCCUGACCGACCGUGUCGAAACUCUCAAAUCCAACAACGCAGCAGCAUCUUCCAUCAUCGCCACAGCCAAAGCAGAAGUAUCUGCCUCGCUAUCCCCCGAAAAGAAGAAAUCUAUCAGAGCCGCUAUGCCAGCAUCUCCCAUUCGGAACCCCUCACCAAUUCGUAUGCGCGCCAACACAGACGGUGCCCGUCGCGGCAACAAUAACCGACGUCGCUCAUCCGGCAUUCUCGACGAACCUGCAAUCGAAGCUCUUCUCCGUGACUUGGCGCUUUCACUACCAGACGCAGAAGAAGCUUCCAUCCAAGACCAAGUAUCCGCUUUGAACAAAGCGUUCACCGAAAGAUCUGGCAAAACUACAGAUGUGGUGCGCAAUGCACAGGAUAGCUUUGAGACGAGCGUUACUUCUAGGUUGGACGAUGCUAGAUUGGCGAUUCAGCUUUUGCGCGAUAGUGUAUUGGCUGAGAGUCCGUUUGGGGAGAUUAAAAUGGUUGAUCCGGAGUUUGAAGGGUCAAUUGAUGUGUUAAGCCAAGAGGUGGACAAGGUUAAGGAGAAGUUGGAUGGUGUUGUUGCCAAGAAGGCGUUGGCGAAGAGUGUGAAGAAGGAUGAAUUUGUGCAGAGAUGGGCAUCAUAGGCCAAAGAAGACAGUUCUAGUGAGAUGCAUAGAUGAUCCUUUAUCAUUUAAUUAUCUAAUAUUCUUUAUACAUGCAGCCAUGCAUGGUCGAUAAACAUAGGCUGCGAGAAUAUACUAUCAAGAGAAUACUGCUCCAACCCUUCAUAAAUAUCAGCAG